AUAUAUUCUCAAAGCGGGCCUACAAUCAUUUCUCUUAUAAAUAAGGCAUCAGAUUCAUAUAUCCAUCCAAUUUGGGAUUUUGCUGGGAAAGAACAACAUUAUGGGAUCUCCUGUAAGAAUAGCUGUGUUAGGGUGGUCUGACACAGUAGCAGAUUAUGGAUUGUUUAUGGUGAUGACAUACUUGACAGAAGCUUGGAAAUUCAAUUUCAGACAUAGUGCAGCCAUUGUUAACUUGUUUUGGGGUUUCAUAGCCAUUCUUCCACUUGCUCUAAGAUUUCUCAAAACUAGAAAAAAUAUUUCUCACUCUUCCAUGCUUUUCAUUUCUAGUUCACUCUAUAUUCUUGGAUUAGGGCUAUUGACAUUCUCAAGCCCUAAAUCAGAAUCCGGAAAAAUGGACAGUUGGAAUGCAACGUAUGCAAAAUAUGGAGUGAAGCAAGAGACAUUGUUAUAUGCCUCAUUACCACUAAUAGUAUUGGCUAAAUCAGGCUAUGCAGUCUCAUUAGAAGAACUCAUCAAUGAAGAAAAACAAAUUGGUGGCAUAUCUGAUAAAAUCAUCCAUUUUUCAUUGAGCAAUGGAGCUUAUUUUCUCAUAAAUGUGUUUGGAUAUGUAAUGUCUUAUGCAAUAAAAGAAUGGUUAACAAGGUUUGGAAUCCCAACAAUUUGUAUGGUUGUGGCAACCCUAAUUUUCUUGACUGGCUUUUCUUCAUAUGGUAAAGAAACUACACAAGAGCCAAGUCUCUAUGCUAAACUCUAUGAUCAAUUCCAUGAGCUCAUCACUCAAAUUAUCAAGAACAUAACUUCCUUGCUUGGACUCUUCAUAAAGAUUGCUUUGUGCCCUUUAAGAUUAUGUUGUUGUUGUUUCUUUAACAAGGGUAAAGAGAAAGAUCAAGAUGAAGAACCAUCACUAGAGGAAAAACCCGAAAUAAUAACAAGAGUCGAAGAAACCAAAUUCCUCAUAUCAUUAUUUCCAAUAUGCUUGUUAGGUUUGGUAUCUUCUUUGGGAAACACAUAUUUUCUCGAGCAAGCAUACUCUAUGGAUCGAAAAAUCAUUGGAAAUCUAAAAGUUCCUCUAGUCAUACUCCUAAGCGUUUACAAAAUCGCCAACUAUUUAUUCCCAAAAUUAUAUUUUGAUAUUGUAGAUUCUUGGAUUCCUUCUGGUUGCACAACUUUAAAAAAGGCACUCCACCGUAUUGGAAUUAUGUUAUCAUUGUUAUGCGCCUUGUUAUGUUGUAUCAUUGCUGCCGAAGUUGAGAGUAAGAGAAUUGGUAUCCUUAACAAACGCAAAGAUCCUAGCAAAAUAAACGAGCCAGUUGAGAUGAAUCUGCUUUAUCUGGUUCCACAAUUUUUUCUUCUUGGAGGGUUUUAUGGGAUGGCAUAUGAAAGCAUUGAAAGGUUUUUUAAGGAUCAUGAAAUCCCUCCUAGUUUGGAACCAUACAUGAUUGAUUCAGCUGUUGGUGUGUUUGGAUUAGGGAACAUUGGAAGUGUGUUAUUUGUUUAUUUGGUAUCAAAGUUUACUUUCAAAGAAGGUAAAAGUUGGUUUAAUGAAAGUAUAAACACUAGUCGUUUGGAUAAAUAUUAUUGGCUUCUAAGUGCUUGGACAUCAAUCAACAUAGUUUGGUACUUAUUUGUGUCACUUCUAUUUCGUCCUAAAGAGAAACCUACAACACCAACAAGGUCAUUACCCGAAGAAGAAGAAGAAAAUUUGUGUUCUUUUCAUAAAUUAGCGAAAAAAUAUUGUAUUUUUCUUAAGUGUUUGCCUGAAAAAUUUCCCGAUUUUUGUUGCUGCUGCUGUUGUUGGUGCUGCUGCUCAAACUCUGGUGGCGACUCAAAGCAAGAUGUAUACAAUGUGAAUCGUAUGGUAGCAUAGUUUGCUCUUGUUACUAAAAAGAAGAAAAAAAUUGAGUCCUUGUUUGUAUGAUUGUGUUUUAUGAGUGUUACUCUUAGUAAUAUGAUAAUUUUGUGAUAAUUUAAUUACUACUUUU